AUGUCCAAGACAAAUCAGACCAUGGUGACAGAAUUCAUUCUCCUGGGACUGACUGACCGUCCAGAGUUGCAGCCUGCCCUCUUUGUAAUAUUUUUAGUGAUCUACUUCAUCACUGUAGUAGGGAAUGUGGGAAUGAUUGUAUUGAUUAGGAUAGACUCCACACUUCACACUCCCAUGUACUUUUUCCUCAGUCACUUAUCUUUUGUGGAUCUUUGUUAUUCCACCAAUGUCACACCUCAAAUGCUGGUCAACUUUUUAUCUCAAAGAAAAAAUAUUUCCUUUGUUGGAUGCUUCAUACAGUUUAAUUUUUUCAUUUCCUUAGUGAUCACUGAUUAUUACAUGCUCACUGUUAUGGCCUAUGACCGUUACAUGGCUAUUUGUAAUCCACUUCUCUAUAGUAGCAAAAUGUCUAAGAACAUCUGCAUCUCCCUGGUCACAGCACCCUAUGUUUAUGGUUUUGCCAAUGGUCUGAUACAAACCAUCCUGAUGCUUCGUCUAUCAUUCUGUGGCCCUAAUGAGAUUAACCACUUCUACUGUGCUGACCCACCUCUCAUGGUCCUGGCCUGCUCAGACACUUACAUCAAAGAAACUGCCAUGUUUGUAGUUGCUGGUUCCAACCUCACCUGUUCUCUCACAAUCAUUCUCAUUUCUUACAUGUUUAUCUUUAUAACCAUCCUACGCAUGCAUUCAACUGAAGGCAGACGAAAAGCUUUCUCUACCUGUGGCUCCCAUCUGACAGCAGUCACUGUCUUUUAUGGGACUCUUUUUUGCAUGUAUCUAAGGCCUCCCUCAGAGUCAUCUGUAGAACAAGGAAAAAUUGUAGCAGUUUUCUAUAUUUUUGUGAGUCCUAUGUUAAAUCCCUUGAUCUAUAGCCUGAGGAAUAAGGAUGUAAAGAAUGCUGUAAAGAAAAUUAUCAGAAGUAAUUUUUGUGAGAGAAUACUCAUAUAA